UAACCAUUUAUAGCGUUCACGUGUAACGUUAGGCCUAUAAUGUUGGCAGCUGAUGAUAUCAGUUUAGCUAACGUUAGCUAUAGCUCGAGUUUUAGGGUUUCAAUCCAAAUUAAUAGCUAUAUUUACCCGAUUUCGGUGGAAAUCUGUAUGCAGAAUUCGCCUGGAUAUCAAUAUCCUCAACGCCAGCGAUUCUCCGACUAAGAAUCGACCCCAUCUUUCCUUGUUGUUGCUAGCUAGCUAAUUAGCUACAGAAUUAGCUAACUACUAACACCAACGCUAGUGUAUUUAUCGUCCAAGGGACCGUUUUGUAACAAGUUUUAGACUUUCUUCGGUAUUACACAGCGACUUAUAUAUUCAACUGUGUACCUGUCAAAAAUAACGAUAUAACCAAGGAUAACUUGGUGUCCGCUAAAGAAAAUAAACACAAGUUUCUAGCCAAAAGCCUUCUGAUGUGUGAUACGUCAAACUACAUGGUGUUAGGGACUUGUAGUUCUUUCUGUCACCGACCUACUGAUCGCCCCUCCCCAUCGCUCUGAUUUGCGCUCUCGUGCUGCCGAUCAAAGAGGCGCUCAGGACAUUGAACAUAGUUCAGACAGUAAAUAUUUGGGUUUUCACUGCGGACUGUGCUGUCUCCAUGGUCGAUGAGAGGAAAGGCUAGUGCAAGGGAGAAUAACCUCAAGGACUGAGCACCAACCCAAGGGGAAAGGUUUAGAAUAGCCCGCUUCUGCAAAUAUGGAUGAUCUAAAGCACCAAGUUAUGAUAAAUCAGUUCGUCCUGACUGCUGGAUGCGCGGCAGACCAAGCGAAACAGCUUCUACAAGCGGCACAUUGGCAGUUCGAGACUGCAUUAAGUGCCUUUUUUCAAGAAACCAAUAUUCCAUACAGUCACCAUCAUCAAAUGAUGCACACUCCAGCCAACACACCAGCAACACCUCCCAACUUCCCAGAUGCCCUGGCCAUGUUCUCCCGCCUCAAGGCCUCAGAGAGCUUCUACGGCAGCAGUCCCAUAGCCUCCAUGGCGACCUCUCCUCCUCAGGUCAACUGGGCCAUGGGCCCUUCUACUCCAGGUCAGACCCAGCAGGGCCUGUGGACUUCUGGGCAACUGACCUCACAGGUGCCUUCCCGUGGGUGGCCCCAAGCCGUCACUCAGCAGGCAUCCAGUGAACAGGCCAGCGUCACCAUGGAGGCAGAGAGAUGAGAGCACUGCAGGGGCCUCGCGAUAACAAGAGGAUACCAAUAUCGGGCAGUCCUCUUUGAGUUGUCUGUAAGGGAAAGCAGAAAACCAAGCGAUGUUGUGGACAUGCACUGAGGACAGGAAGGAGGAAUUAUGAGCAUACAGCUGAUGAACAUUCACAUGACGCCACAUUGUACAAAUCUGCAGACAAUUUUAGCUAGGCAUACGUUUCAUUUAGUUUCCAUUGAUCUGAAACCAGAGACAAAGAUGGACUUGUAUGACUAGUGCCGAAGAAGGAUCUUCUUGUUGUACACACCGAUGUGUAUGACAGUGUCAUCAUCUUUCCUUUGUCUUUCUGUUGUGGUGUCAAUGGACUGGAUGCCUUUGAUACUGGGGGUGCACUGCAUAAAUAACAUCAUUCUUCUUGAUUUUUUAACUAGUGUAAGUGUGUGAAUAUCAUGUGUUCUAGUAUUCCAAUGUGCUUAGAAACCAACUUGGAUCUGCUUUUUCAAACAUUGGGUAAUGACAUUGACUGUCCCACUCACACAAUCAAGGAACACCAGCUAUCCAACUAUGUUUGAUAAGCAACUUUACAAACUGAUCCUCUUUAUGUCUUAUGUCUGCAUUGAAUGCUAAAGGAUGUUAUACUUCAAUCAUUGUUCAGUGUUUUUUGUAUGAUUUUGUUUUCAGCAACUAGUGUCAGAGGAUAAGUGAGAUAAAGGUUUCUGUCAGAGUGAGACAUCUUGCUUGAUAUUCCAGCUGUGCACCAUCUCUAAGUAGCACACAGAUAGUUUUUGUUGUUGUUGCUUAAGAUGGAAAUCAGCAUAUUAGGGGUAAAUAAUAAAGAGGGAAAAUAUAUUUAAAAAAAUAUAUAGAUUUUAAAAAAUUAAAAUAAGAAAAAACCCAGCAUAUUUGGUGAUGCUGUCUCAGGAACUCUCUGCUCAAAAAUGUUUUGUCUAGGCACCUGAUAAUCUUUUUUAUUUUGUACAAUGGAAUGAAAAUUGCAAUUGAAAGGAACUGAUAAAUUCAGGGAAGGCCCCAUCCAAACGUUUUAUAUUCUACGAUCUGUUAAUCUGAUAAUCACACUGUAGUUUUGCUUUGCACAUCGGUUGCGUGAACACACGCCUGUUCCUCUAUGUUUUCCAUGAGACAGCUACAACAACAAUUUUGUGGAUUACCAGACAAUUAACUUAAUUAUUUUGUGUUUCUGAAUAAAUAUUGUAUGUAUUACACUGCAAUAGA